AUGUAUUGGCGCUCAUCUGUCUCCAUGACCUCUGCAAUAGCGUCCUCUUUGACUUCGCUACCAGAUGACCUUCUAUUUGUUCUAAUGGCUAACCUGGAUGGCCCAUCUAUCCGUUCGAUGGCUCUGACCUGUCGAGCACUAUAUCAAAUAUUCCAAUCCGCAGCCAUCCAGUACGCCUACGAGCUUGACUUAAAUUGCAUGGAAGAUGCAGGCUCUGGUCGACCACCGGCAGAACUCUUGAAGGCUUUGCGCGACCGACGAACAGCAUGGGGAGAGCUGAAUUGGAAGAGUGUCAAAACCGUGAAGGCCGGUCCCGUAUUAGCUGCCUAUGAACUCGUCGCGGGCGUAUUUGCUCAAACAGAUGGAUUUAAUUUCUCUGUAUUCCAGCUUCCAUCUACGACGUGCAAAGGAACUUGUAUCACGACACCCAUUGACUUCAGGAUCCGCGAUUUCAUCAUCGACGUGGCACAAGAUCUGGUUAUCUUCUUGCACGAAGAGGUGCUGCCCAGCGGAUCCCGUCGUGGCAACCUUUAUUGCCGCACAAUCUCGACGAAUCAGCCACACCCUGCCUGCUCAGCAGCCAGCACGCUGUCUUUCGAAGUGCCCCAGCAUCCUCAAUACGGCAACAUUAUCUUUGUUGUGGAGCUGGAGCUGGCAGUCGAUGUUCUCUUCUUGUCCAUGCGGCAGGGCCAUGCCCUAAGACUCUUGAUCUGGAAUUGGACAAUGGGAGUGCUCAUCUACGACUCGCUUGAUCAACUAUCACCUUUUAUCAACGAUCUUGACAUCGUGCAACGAGACGUCUUUAUCCUUACUUCAUAUGCCGAUUCAGGGAAGAUCCUUAUAUACCAAUUUUCACCGACUGUGGCUUGUACGCCUGUGCUUAUUGCGACCCUCUCCCUACCAGAGAUGAACGGCCCUAGGAUGCUCUGGUUCCGGGUGCACUCGGGACAGUACCAAGAGCGCCCGACACCUGGCGCGCUUUUCAUGCCCUCUCCCACCGCCCGCACACACGUCCUCUCUGCGGCCUACUCAUCGACACAGGUGGGGGGGUGGUACACCCUUUUCGUUCAGAGCAGCACUUUCCUGCGAUAUGUCGACAGAGGGGAUGAAGGCCAAGAGGUAUCGUGGAAGGAAUGGGGUGAAGAAGACAGCCGUUUCAUGGCCAGAAGGAUCGGAGGAAAUUGGCUUCGGUACGUGCACGGAAACCGUGUCGUCUGCAACUCCCUCGACAAAAUCGGCAUCGAUGUAUUGAACUUUUCUUCUUUCACAUGUAAUACCGAUUCCUCUGCGUCAGGUUCCCGAGAACGGCAGUGCUUUAGCCGGGGAAAUCCUACCGUAAUCUCAAAAGACGUGAAGAUAUUCGAGGAUGAUGUUAUAACACGCCUCCCAUAUCAAAUCGCGUCGCAUGAGAUGGAGAAGACGCCGUUCGCUUACAUGAUUGACGAAGAACGAAUUAUUGGCCUGCAGUUUGGGUCCGACACGGUAGAAUUGACGAUUUAUUCGUUCUAG